GCCUGAGAGCACACACACACACACACACACACACACAGACACACAACAUGGGUCUGGAGAAGGAAAAACUGGACACCAGCAUCAUCAUGGACGAAGACGAGUUCAACAGAUCCAUGGAGCCGAUUCUGUCCAAGAAGGGGAGAAACGCGUCCGCAGCGCAGCCGGACCGAGACCCACACGACACCAACGCACACCUGAAGGUCGGCUUUGGAGACGUCAUCGCCGAGCCUCUCUCUGCUCAAAGCUUCGACAAGGUGUGGAUCGGGAGCCACGCAGUGUUCGAGCUGAUCAAGUUCCUCUUGUACCGGGUCCUGACCACGCUGCUGGCCGUGCCCAUGGCUUUCAUCCUCGGCCUGGUGUUCGCGGUGCUCAGCUGCAUCCACAUCUGGUUGGUGAUGCCGGUGAUCCGGAGCUUCAUGAUGCUCUUACCAUCCAUCCAGGUGGUGUGGAAGAGUCUGACGGACAUGUUCGUAACGCCACUCUUCCACAGUAUGGGAAAGAUCCUGUCCUCCGUUCAAGUGAAGACCACCGAGUACUGAUGCGGGAAAGAAGUGUAGGACGAAACGAGUGACUGAUGCUUGUAGCGGGAUACGUGAGCUCUUUAUAAAGUCAAAUGUGAAACCCUGAGGAGUGCCGCAUAAAAUACUGAUAACUAUAAAUUCAUCAGCCCAGUCGGCAGAAAAAUAUGUUUCUGCAAACCACGGAUUUGUUAAAUGUCGACGUUUUUGCAUUCGGUCAGAGCAAGAGACGUAGUUCAGCAGCAACCAUUAUUUAAAGUACCGUUGUAUGAAAGUUCGUUCCAAUCACGGGUGGAUGGAUGGGUCAAACAAACACACGACUUUCACCAAGGAGACCGCUAUGUCCCUAGUGAAACCAAAAGAUAAUUGUUAGGUGACAUUACGCAAGGAAAUCCCACUACUGGUGGUUGUAAUGUCCUUAACCGAGUAGUUUUGUUAUCUUAAACUUGGCUAAUUGUGCAUUUCUGCUGAUCGGCAGCUGAUAUGGAACGUAUUUUAGAAAAGUCCCAUUGUUUGCAGAAACACACAACACCAACAUGGUCUUUUUCUGACGACUGGGUUUAAAUUAUUACAAGGAUGAAUAAAAGAAUCGGGCUUAGUAAGCAUUAAUUUGAUCAUUUGCGGGUAAAAGACGUCUUCAAAGCUCCGUUAAAUUUGUUGGAAAGGCAACAUCUGUGUAACAAACAAUUGAAUAUAUUGAAAUUUUUAGUCAGGACUUGAUACACAUUAAAACAUAGGGAUUAAAUGCCUUUAAAAACAUUUACAGUUACAGUUUACCUGGAAAUCUUAAUUAAUCCUUGUUGUCAUUUAAUCUGAAAAUCAACAAAACCUCACCUCGGCCUUUAGGGUUUACUAGUGACAUCACUACAGGAAAUUAAAUGUUCCUCAUACUAUUUGGGACUUUAUGAAUAGCUCAUGAGCACCACCCAAAAUGGAGCUGUUUUUUGUGACCAAAACAAAAAAAAAAAAUUCUUGUCAUUCCAUUACUUUGUGGCUGAGCGAGCCGUGGGAUCAGCAAACAUUCUGCUGACUCGCUGAGAGAUGUAAUAUAUCAGCUUUUUUCAUAAUUUGUAUAUAUUGCAAGUAAUUCAGCUAGAGGUUGAAUGUAAUGAACUUAUUUAGAGUAUGAGAGAAGUUUAUAUGAAUAGCAAAUGCUAAAAUGCAGCUUGUUGCACAUUUCCAGGCUUUUAUUACUGUAAUCUGCUGUGUUUAUUUCAUAGUGCAUUGGCUAUGAUAUUGGGCAUUUUGCUUUUAUACGGACGUACAGGGAACUUUACGCAAUAUAGUUGUUUUAACAUAUUGGAUAUAAUGGAAGAGGGCUUUCUAAUUUAUUAUUUAUGCGACAACCAAUUCUCAACAUUUGGCGCUAUGUGAGGACUUCACUUGAGUGAACAUAUUUCGUACUGUGUUUGGUUGAAGCUUCAGUCGAGCUGAGACUCUGGUACAUGCAUGUUUGAUUUAGAGGUUGUUGUUUCGCUACAGCGCUGCUAGAUUAUAGGCUGGAUUUAAUAUUUCUAUAGCCGGAAUGGAUCAGACAGCAGUGGGAUUUUAUUGCGGUGGAUUUGAUCAAGUUGAAUUAAAGGUACAAAGCCUGCACGGUUAGCACUUACUGUACAAUCUGAAAUUUAGAAGGCGAUAUAAAGAGAAGUGUUAGGAACGUACUUGUACUGAUUUGACAUUAACUCUGAUAAACAAACACACACAACAUCCUUUUUUCUCGGGCCACUUUCACUUGAAGCUAGUUGCUAACAAUGCUAACAUUGCCUGCUGUUUAUCAGAGCUUAUUUUUCUGAAAAUGGCCGCCUGAUGCUUUUUUGAAAACGGGGUUGCUGAGGUUGCAGAAACUGAACCAUUCAGCAAAAGUGCAGUUAAAGACAAAUCAAUGAACUAAAAGUAGCUAAAAAAAACCGAGUAGAGCCGUCAAUCUCCGUGGGUUCAUUUAACAAUACAGCAAGUGAACUCCUCAUUUGAUCCAUUGUCACAUGACUUUUCAUGGCUCAAUGUAUUGCAGUGGGGGAUGUUAUUCCAACAUAAGAAUUCAGGAAGCGAAAGUGAAAUUAUUGCUGUACAAAAUUACAGAUUGUUACAAAGUUGGCAUGAAGUUGUUACAAUAGGUUGUUGGUUAUCAUCCAGAUUUUCCAGUUAAAAGUGAGUAAACCUGCUUCUAAAGAAACAUCACGCAACAGCUUUUACCGCCAACACAGCAAAUGACAUGACGUGAUGUUUGUUUUUUCUGGCAGCCGUUCGAUCAGAGCUUUUGAAAUCCUUUCAUGGAUGCUCUACUUCUGACAAGCUGCCAGCCAACGUGCGAGUGUUUACCGGAGCGUCAAGGUAGGGUUGUGCAAGAGUGGAAGACGCAGGUGUGUGGCUGAAGCUUUUUUUCUCCCCUCGGCAAAACCACGUAGCACUAAUCAACCCUCAGCUUAUCCAUUAAGGGAAAUAAUUCAUAACGUGACACGUAUCUGUCUGUAAAAUUCUUCUAUUUUGAACUGUUGCUUUGUCGAUUUCCUCGUUUUGGAGCUUUCGCCUCAAAUGUGUUCUUCAUGAACGAAAUAAAGACUU